AUGACAUCCGAGCAGUACAUUUAUGAUGUCGUACAUAAAGAGGCUGGUGAAGCACUGGAUCGUUGCGGCAAACCACUGGCAGCCUCCGCUUACAACCUGAAUUUGACACCACCUCUGACCACAUUUGACGGUUUGUCCAAGGAAAACGAUAUUGAUCCACAUGCUCGUGACAUGCGGAGGUCCUGCCACGAUAUUUCAGCUCCGAGGACUUCAUCAGAAAAAGCUAUCGAUGCCGAUCCAAGCUCUACCAGUACGCAAAGGCUGGCGCAGUUCUUCUCGCGUCCAUUCAGAGGUAUACCGUUGAAGAGGACAAAAAGUGUCAGCAAAAUCGAAAAAGUCACGCAACCAUAG